GGACAACAGAUCGAGAGCACAGUAAGGAGACUCUCGAGAAGUCCUCAUCCAGCCGGAUCCUCGGAGAAUCAGAAAUUGGCGGACGAUAUCCUCCAGCAGUUCCGGACUUACACCCUGGACCACACCUGGGUGGAGAGCCACUACGCCAAGCUGCAGUUUCCUGACAGGACUCGCCCCAACAGACUGCAGAUCAUUGGUGCUGACAACAAACUUAUCGAGGACUUCCAGUUUAAGGACCAGGAUGCGUACUGUCCAUACAGUGCUGUGGGCUCUGUGAAGGCAGGGCUGGUGUACGUGAACUAUGGGAGGAAGGAGGACUUCGAGUCCCUGAGAACUUGGGGAGUGAAUGUCACAGACAAUCUGGUGAUCGUGAAGACCGGAUAUAUUACCUUUGCGGAGAAGGUGUACAAUGCCGAGCGGGCCGGAGCCACGGGUGUCCUGAUAUUCACGGACAUGUUGGACGCUGCAGUGUAUGGACAUGUUCACUUGGGUACCGGAGACCCCGAAACUCCCGGAUUUCCAUCAUUUAACCACACCCAGUUUCCUCCUUUCAAAUCUUCGGGACUGCCUAAAAUACCAGCUCAGCCAAUAGAUAAAACCACAGCUCUAUCAUUACUCAGUAAACUCAAAGGAAGGGAGGCACCUUCAGACUGGAGGAAUCCAGCUUUUCCUUCUCAUGACAUGGGCCCCAUUAUGACUGACGGUCACGUGGUCCAGUUGGAGGUCAACAAUCUGGAGCGCAGUGUAGAGCUGGUCAAUGUGUUCGGAAGUAUAACUGGACGCUUCGAGCCUGAACAUUACAUCGUGGUGGGUGCCCAACGUGAUUCCUGGGGGCCGGGGGCAGCCAAGUCCGGAGUGGGUACGGCCAUCUUGUUGGAGCUUAUGCGUUCAAUGACCAUGAUGGUGCAAAGCGGGUUCCAGCCUCGGCGCAGUAUUCUGUUUGUGAGUUGGGACGGAGGAGAUUUUGGAAGUAUUGGAGCCACAGAAUGGCUGGAGGGGUACCUCAGCAUGCUGCACCUCAAGGCCGCCACAUACAUGAGCCUGGACACCCCCCUUCUAGGUGAUGAAAAGUUUGUAGCGAAGUCCAGCCCCAUGUUCAGGACCCUAAUAGAGAAUAUCAUCAAACAGGUAGACAACCCGCGUCAGAGCAAGCAAAGCAUCUAUGAAAAUGCAAAAUCGUACGGGAACAGGAAAUCAGAGGUAUUUGCCCCACUGGCCAUGGGAUACGGGCAGCUUUGCCUUCACUGCCUUUGCCGGAGUUCCUGCGCUGGAGUUCUCAUUUGUGGAGCGAUCAAACCCAUACAAGUAUCUGGACACCAAGAUGGACACGUAUGAAAACCUGAACAGUAUUAUGGACGGUCGUCUACCGGCAGUGGCUCUGACAUUGGCACAGGCCGCUGGACUGUCUCUGAUGAAACUUUCCCAUGACCGAAUCCUUCCACUGGACUACACAGCCUAUAACACGCUGCUCCUGGAGCAUCUGAUCAGUCUGAAAAAGUACACCAGCAAACUAGAGCCACGAGGUUUGACCCUUUCCUGGUUGUAUUCUGCACGAGGGGACUAUGCACGAGCAACGGACAGACUGAAGAAGGCAAUUGGACAUUCGGACCUCCACAACGAGAGGAUGAUCCAGUUCUUCAACGUGAGGAUCAUGAGGGUGGAAUUCUACUUCCUGUCCCAGUAUGUGUCCGCCAUCAAUUACCCGUACCGCCAUAUCCUCAUUGGGCGAGGCGAGCACACCCUAGAAGCCUUGAUGGAACAGCUUGGCCGGGACCAAAUUGACAGCAGUGAGGUGCACAAGCAGAUCGCCCUCUUCACUUGGACCCUGGUGGGAGCAGCCAAUGCCUUGAGCGGGGAGGUUUGGGAAGUCCAAAGGAAUUUCUAG